AAAAAUUUGUUCGUAAUAGAACUAUUCAUUCUCUUUGAGUCUCAGUAUGCCAAACUGCAAUGUAGACACUUAGAUUAAGCGGUAUAUUUUUUUAUUUAAUGUUUGAUCGUGGUGGACCUGGUGAAUUAAUAGUGUUAAUGGAAAACAUGAUGAUUUGGAAAAAGGGAAUCAUUCUAGUUUUGCAACUGUACUUGAUAAAAAUGAGCAAGGCAAUUUUAUCUGGAAAUGAUGAAACGCCGCAAGAAGACAUCACAAGGAUUCCAGGUUUUGGUUGUUAUUGGCAAGGAGGUUCAUAUCCUGGAGUAACAUGUGAUUGUCGAGAUAGAGAAAUGGAAUUCGUGAUUAAUAAAAACAUCCCGAGUUUCGACGCGGCCUCCAUAGAAAUCAAAAACUGCAACAAAAUCACCUUCAAAGGGAACUCAAUCUCUCACAUGAGAAAUCUUCGAAACCUGACUCUAAACAACAUUGCUCAAAUAGACCUAGAAGAAGACAGCCUCAACUGGGUGGCGUAUAGAAGCGUCUUUUCCGAACAAAUGGACCAAAUCAUACCAAACUUAAAAAUAUACGUGCUUGACAGUGUUAUAUCUAAUAUUGGCAUUCAGAGUUUUAAAGGAAACAUUGGCGAACUUUACUUUGAUCGUGUGACCAUUUUGUCCACCUCUCAAUAUGCCUUCGCAAACCUCCAACAGACUCAAAGUGUGGUGUUCAAAAAUUGUGUUUUUUAUAGUAUUAUGCAGCAGGCUUUUAAAAAAUUCACGACUGAAAAUUUACAAUUAAGGAAUGUGACAGCAAGAGAAAUUCCAAGCAGGAUGUUUUCUGAUAUCACAGUAAAUCAGUUAUUCACCAUACAGAGUUGUAAUUUUGGUUCUGUACGAAGUUCAGCUUUCAUCAUACAAAAUCCUCUAUAUAUGGACGUUACAAACACAAACAUAUUUGAACUGGAUGGCGAGGGAUUCAAAGUACAAGGAGUUGAUAGAGUAACUUUUGCAAACAACAAUUUCCACACUGUUCAGGAUGGCGCUUUUCGAGGGAUAACGAAGAAAACUGAUUCCAAUAUGUUCAUAACCCUUAAUACAAACACCUUUACCAUUAUCACCCGGGAUAGUCUUACAUUUCCCGAAUCGAAAGUAGAAAUAAUCGACUUAUGCCUAAACCACACCUGCGACUGCCUAAACAUUGAUCAUCAAAUAAAAAACACCGAACAUUUUUCCAACAUAAAGUGCCUUUAUAACAACCAAUAUAUCACCGUCUCAGAUUUUAAGUCUAAAUUGUGUUCCCUAUCGACAAGCAGCACUACGCUUAUAAUCGUUUUAAGCGUAGUUGGUACCUUGUUGAUCAUAAUCAUAGCCGCCCUAUCGAUAUUUUUAAGAAGAUAUCUUAGAAGAGGUAAAUAUGGGAACCAAAAACAAAUAAAGAACGGCCAACUGAGCUUGAUAGUUCCUGAUGGAAGGACUUAUAGAGAGACUGAACUUCACGUUAUUGUCGAAAAGACCGAACUGUUGACAACUGAUUUAUAAGUUUCUACCAAAAAUACCAAAUUUUACUUGACCUAAUUUUUAAAUAAGUUUUCUACAAUGUAGAAUAUACUCUAAUUUAAAUUUUUUGUUGUAUUUUGUUAAUACUGUGAUAUAUAUUGUUACUUGCUUUAAAGUUACAUAUAGAUUUAGUUUAGUAAUAAUUUAUUCAUUAUAAUACGAUAAUAAGAAUUUGUAAAG